GCCAAGGCCCAAAAAGGUGAAGUGGCGAAAACGGACAAUCCGAAGCCUGCUCUCUCUCUCUCUUUCUCUCUCUAACGAAAGCUCUUAGUAGGAGUACUACUCUCUCUCUCUCUCUCUCUCUCUCUCUCUCUCCGUGGAUAUAUACAUACGUAAUAAUCAGCUAUACGUACACUCUUAUCAGCUGAAUUAGUAAAAUAAUAGUUUUCAAAGGAAAAAGUUAUCGUCUGUACGCCCUCUUCCGUUCUUUGUUUUCUUCUUCAACGUUCAACCCCAGCUCCUCAAUUGGAUCAACAAAAAAGGAAAAACCCAGCUCCUCAAUGGUCGGGAUUUAACGCCAUCAGAAUCAAAAUUUUCUAGAGAGACAGAUUUUAAAGAAAAAAACUUUUUUUUUUUUUUGGUGACGGAGGUUUCCACCAUGGCGGUAGUCGAGAAUGCCGGAAUCAGCGUCGACUCGUCGAAUCGGACCGACAACAGCAACGACCAACCGAAGUCGAAUCAAGCGGGGGUUAGGUCAAGCGAUCAGAAUUUCCACGGGAUCAACGGCGGCAGCGUUAGUCGCAAGGCUCAGGUGAACGGAAACGGAGUCCAGGAUCAUCAUCGGGUGGUGGCGAACGGCGGCAGAGGGUUUGAGUUGCGGAGAAAUGGAGAUAGUGGCGGUGAUGAGGGUUUUGAGAUGAGGGAUUUGGAGGAAAUGUUGUCUAAGUUGAACCCUAUGGCUGAAGAAUUUGUGCCCCCGUCGCUUGUUAAUAACCAUAGACAACCAGUGUUAUUUGAUGGGGGCCACCUGGGUUACAUUAACAAUUUUGUGAUGCAAACUAGCUCUGGCAUUGCCAAUGGAAACAUUGCUGCUAGACGGAAGAGAAAUAGCUAUACUAAUGGGAAGAGAAGGAUGAACAACCGUACCAGUUUGGCACAAAGAGAGGAGGUAAUUCGGAGGACUGUGUAUGUUUCUGACAUUGAUCAUCAGGUUACUGAAGAACAACUUGCAGCUCUCUUUGUUAACUGCGGACAGGUGGUUGACUGUCGUGUUUGUGGCGACCCUAAUUCCGUUCUCCGGUUUGCAUUUAUUGAGUUUACUGAUGAGGAAGGUGCAAGGAAUGCUUUGAGUCUGGCAGGGACUAUGCUUGGAUACUACCCAGUCAGGGUGCUGCCUUCAAAAACUGCAAUUGCGCCUGUUAAUUCAACUUUCUUGCCACGGUCUGAAGAUGAACGAGAAAUGUGUGCAAGGACUAUUUAUUGCACAAACAUUGAUAAGAAGGUUACUCAAGCUGAUGUCAAGCUCUUUUUCGAAUCCAUUUGUGGAGAGGUUUACCGCUUGAGGUUGCUUGGAGACUUUCAUCACUCAACUCGCAUUGCUUUUGUUGAGUUUGUAAUGGCUGAGAGUGCAAUUGCUGCUUUGAACUGUAGUGGUGCAGUCCUUGGAUCACUGCCGAUAAGGGUAAGCCCAUCAAAGACACCUGUUCGUCCCCGCUCUCCUCGCCCAUCAAUGCACUGAGGACCGACCUUUGUUCCUGCUGAACUGAUCUGCUGAUUUAUAUAUCUAUAUUUACAUACAUAGAGACAGAUAUUUAAGGUACUUGUGGCAUGCUAAGUUAUACGUUGUUCAUUGCGUCUUUGCCCAGUAUCUGUCUCAUAUAGAGAGGUGUUAUGCUUGUUCUUUAAGCAUGUAGAGAAUUUGGAUGUAAUUCCAAGGCUUAAGUUGUCUUAACUUAUGUUGCAUGUUAUUAUGUGGAUUCUCUAGGCUUUGUUCCGAAUGACUGUUACUAUCCAGAUGCUCUAACGAAAGAUUCUUGAAAGACUAAAUUUUACAAGUUUUUCUUUUUUCCAUU